AUGACUAACGGUUUUGCGCGGAUUUUCGCUACGGCGCUCUUACUCCUCCUUGCCGCAAACGCCAACGCCGCCGCCGCGGUCGCUCCAUCAACGCCGUCGCCGGAAGACUGCGUCACCGACAUGGUGGCUUUCUCGCCGUGCUUCGGCUACGUUUCUGCGCCGCCGAACGGAGUCCGCCGCCACCGACUCUCCGCUAAGUGCUGCAGCGUCGUCUUGGAGUCGUUCAGCACCGGCGGCAGCAAAUGCUACUGUCAACUGGUGAAGCAGCCGCUGCUGUUUGGAUUCCCGUUGAACCGCACCAGGAUUGCGUCUCUCCCUGCUCUCUGCUCCAGGCGUCACGCGAACGACAGUUCCACCGCGGUGGCCAAGCUCGAUUCCUCUCUGGAGUCGAUCUGCGCAGGUUCGUUUUCUUGGAAACCGUUCUUGAAUCGAGUACUGGACCGGAGAUGCGGAUCUGAAUUCUGA